AUGCUGGUGACUGGUGGGUCUAUGCAGAUCCCAAGGGUUCAAGAGCUACCGAGAGAUAAUAUCAAUGGAAAACCACUGAACAAAAGCCUCAAUUUACAAGAAGCUGUGGUGUAUGGAGCCGCUGUUAAUGCUGCCAUAUUAGCAAACGAAGGAAGUGCUGCAAUCCAAGACCUACUUCUGUUGGAUAUCACACCGCUGUCCUUAGGAAUUGAGAUGGUCUUCGAAGGUGAGAGAUAUUUGACUCGAGACAACAAUCUCCUUGGCGGCUUUGAUCUCGUGGACAUCGCACCGACUCCACGCGGCGUGCCUCAGAUUGAUGUAGCAUUUGAAGUAGAUAAAGAUGGCCUUCUGAGUUUGUCCGCUGUCGAUUUCACCACGAUGGCGGGGAUCCAGAAUGACUCCAGUCUGCCUAAAGAUGUGACAAAUGCAUGA